ACGACUACACUCCCCCCUUUCGCCUUUUGUUUCCGAGGUGGAGCCUGAUACCCCGACUUCUCCCAGCUGAACUGCCGGCGGAGCAGACGGACAAGAUAGGACUGGGACCAGCAGUCGGUGGCACAGACCUGGGACGCAGUCGAUCGGGGAGAGAGCAUAAAGGCGGAAGAACAGGGAUUUUGUGGAGCGCUUCGUGCGGUUCAGUCGUUUUACAAAGCGGGUACACACGGCAGAGCCCAAAGAUGAAUUCUCUCAUCCUGCUGUCGCUUUUUGUCGCGGUUAUCGCCGGAAAGUCGCCUCGGCUGAAAUUUGUUGUGCACGAGCCCUCCAGGUUCCACUUCAACAAACCAGAGAACUACAUCAGUAUGUACCACCAGGAAGGCAGCGACAUUCUGUAUGUGGGCGGCCAGGCGAUGAUCUACGUGCUGACGUUCACUAACAGAGGGGUCCGCGACCUACAGAUCCCAGCGGCAUCUGAUCAGACUGCAAUUGAUACCUGCAAGGCCAAGGCUGCACCACUCGAGCUGGAGUGCGAUAAUUUCAUCACCGUCAUUCAGAAAGUAAAUGACACAAUGAUAGUAUGCGGGACAAAUGCUGGGAGCCCCAGGUGCUGGAUGCUGGUGAACGACACUGUGCUGACUGACGUCCAGGGCAGCGGGCAGAUAGCGUCGGCCUCUGACAUCUCACCACCCUACCCUUCACAGAGGUCCAUCAGCUUGCCUGCAGAUGGGAGUCUGUAUUCUGCUAUGUCGUCGGUGGCAGGUCACGCCGGCUCGAUUCGGCGUACGUUUGGCUCCCAGAAACUCCUGAAGACGGAGAACGUUUGGCUGCUGAAUCCGCAGUUUGCUGGUGCUGCCAUCAUCCCGUCUUCAUUAAAGUACAAGGAGGAGAUCUACUUCUUCUUCAGUGAGAUCAACAAGACAGCCAGAGUGGACGAGGAGCCUUACAGGGCGCGCAUUGGCCGCAUCUGCACGGUGGAUGAAGGGGGCAUCAAAAACCUGCUGGCAGACUCUUGGACCACCUUCAUGAAGGCCCGGGUGAUGUGUGGUGCAGGGAACACUCAGCAGCAGUACAACAACAUGAAGCAGGCGGUGGUGCUGACAGCACAGGACAAGAGAGCCGGAGUCAUGUACGGCCUCUUUUCCAACGCAUGGGGCAGAACAGUGAUCUGUGCUUACUCCAUUGAAGAUAUCGACCAGGCUUUCUCCACAUCCAAACUGAAGGGCUACAGCAGUCCAAUCAUCGGCAGUCGCCCCGGGAUGUGUGUGCGCAAAAACCUGACAGCAGGAGGUCCCAAUGACAUCAAGAACCUCGGGGUGAUCAGAUACCACCCAGAAAUCGAGGAUGUGAUCCGGCCUGUCGGCGUGGCUCCACUCGACCUGCCCACAGAUGACCAGAUCACACACACCGUGGCGGACAUUGUCCUGGCAGUCAACGAUGAGCACUACAGUGUGCUGUACCUCGGAACAGAACAAGGCAAAGUUCUCAAAGUUCUUCACACCAGCGAGGGGGUCUUCAUCAUAUCACAGUAUUCUCUGUUUCACAACGAAGGCCCCGUUCUAAACAUGGCCAUCAACUCCCAAAAGGGACACCUCUAUGUUGGUACAGCGAUGGAGGUCCAGCGACUGCCGCUGGCUGACUGCGGUCGCUAUGGCGACACAUGCAGGGAGUGCAUCCUUUCCCGGGAUCCGUACUGCGGCUGGGACAGGGCCAGGAGGAAGUGCAUCGCCAUCCCGCCUGGAUACAACGUCACCACUGGGGCACUCAUUCAGAAUCUGGACCAUUCGAACUCCUCGGUUUGUGGGGAAGCUGCUGCUCUGAAGCAGCGUCGAACUUCUCCCAGAGAAGUUGUGGUGCAGUCCAACACCUCCGUGUUCCUCCCUUGCCCUGUGCGUUCCUUCCACGCCACCUACCGCUGGGAGAAGGACAACUGUGUCAAGAACUACCCCUGCAUCUUCUCAGGGGACUUCUGCGUCCUGGGGCCAGUUGUUGACACGCCCCUGAAGGAAGGCGUCUUCCGCUGCAUGGCCACUGAGGACGGAUUCAAGGUGGAGGUUAUCUCCUUCAGGCUGGUGAACAACGGCAGGCUCCUGGCCGCUUCUCUGGCCUCCACCGUGGGGCUGUCGCUUCUGCUCGCUGUGGCUACCCUCUGGCUUCAUUAACUGCAGCUAACGCUAAUGCUAAUGCUAACCCCUCAUCCUUACUGGCUCCCAAUGACAGGAAAGACAAGGAGCCACUGUUAGCAGGACUGGUUCGCAGAGCAUUGAAGUAAAUGGUUGGGUUGAAUGGCAGAAAUCUUUUCAAUAGCAAUUUUUAGUGAAAGAAUCCAGAAAAUGUCUGUUGAAUGAGAGAUUAAAUUCUUUUUUCAUAAUGCAGAAAAUUUACAACUGUCUUAGUACGAUCAGAACAGGAAAAUAUUAACAUCCAGACUAAAGUGACUAGGGGUUGUUAUCCAUGAAUUUGAUCUAGAUUCAACCACAUUCAUGUGCUGUGCGAACCUUUCCUCUCUGACACACAAACAUAUCGUAUGAGUGGGGCAAAAAAAAUAAAAGACCAAUACCAGGCCAAUUGUUUUUACCAUUUCUCUACUUAUUUUGAAAUCGACUUGAUUGUGCUUAUUUGUGAAUAUAUAGACCUUUAAUACCACCCUUACAUCCAGUCAUUCAUCUUGUUAAAGUUCAUUGGUAUAGCUCAUUAGUACUUAGAAGUAUGUCUGGUAUUGAAAUUUAAAAAGCCUUAACACUUCUGGGACAUAAACUCCGAAGCACAAUUUUGCAGUCGAGGCAGAAUACUGCAGACUCGGUUGGACUUGGCGCUUUAAUUAGUGCAGCUGAGUCUAACAACAUCGCUGGGAGGAAGUGUCAGCUUUUUGACAGGAAGUAGGCGAAUGGGCCAGAGCUCGUUCUCGAACAUCACUGUGUCUCAGCACCUCCUCCUCAGAUGAGGCAGUUUUCUUGCUUCUUUUUAUCGGAUGGUAUCAGACAUCGUUAUUACGCCUUGUUCACAGCUUUGUCCGUUGUUUUCUCUUUUCACAUGCCAUCGUCUUUCCUCCUCCCCGGAGCAUCAGAAACAAAACACUCGCUCUUACAGGAUGUGAAAAUCACGACAUCACCUACAACUCUUUUGGAAAAUAAUGUUAGCAGUAAGGAACAAACUGCCCUCAGAAACAUUCAACAGAAAAAUCUUCAAUCUAAAAACCAUCGAAUAAUUCAUCUCUAUCAAUCAAAACAUACAUUUUGGAUGUUUCUUAUUAGGUGUGCUGACCGUUUUGCUAACUCUGAUUACGUUGGCGUGUCACUGGUGCAGAAUCCUAAGUGUGCAUCAGUUUUUAGGAAAAGAGAGGAUCUAGAGGUCUGCAGCAAAUGACAUCCAGUUUCUGUCAACCCGACAAUGUGUGAAGAUGUGAACAAGGUGUUAUGCUAUAGCAACUUCAGUAAACACACACAUUAUCAUAAGGGCAGAUGAAGCUAAUUGGAACUGCAUACUAGGCUUGCAUUUUAUAGUUUGCUAGGAGGAAAAAAAAGGCUUGAACUAAAAUCCGUGAAGUAUGUUCUGUAUUUCAUAGCUCUCCAGAUGCUGAUUUCUACCAUCGCUGCCUCCGUAUGUGAAACUUUGUCUUGAUCGUUUGGGCUUUGCCUCUUUCCCCAGGGACAUCAGUGCAAAUAGACAAGAAAAUGGUUAUUUUUUACUUCUGUGCUGUGAAACUAAGAGCUUGACAGAUUCCAUCGAGAUGGUUCCCUGAUGUACAGCAGCAACCACAACCAGCAGCAAAAGCUGUGGAUUUGGGUGUCGGCAUCACGCUAAGUCUGCAGCAUCAUCUUUUAAAACCUCUUUUCUAAUAACGCAAAACAUAUUAAGAUUAAGAACUCAGAUCAAUGCUGAUUGUAAAAGGAAAUAUGAUUUGGGAAUGUAGCUGCAGUUCAACAGCACUGAAAAGGCAAAAACUAACGCCAAACCCUGUGAAUACUGAUCAGCUGAUUGAAGGAGUAGGCUUGUGCGGUGAUGAAUUAUGCAGUGGAUUAGCAUGUUCUCCAGAGCUUUGUGAAUAAUCAUCCAGUAAUGUUACAUAAAUCUGGCCAUUUCGGCCUUCCACUGUGGCAGAGAUGUCAUUAAUAGCUAAUUAGACAAUGGAGCCUGCUAGUCAUGCACCAUAUUAAAGAAUUUAUUUUACACCGUCAGGGAUAUGAGCAGCUUGUUCUCGGCUGUGAAGUAGUGCCGUGUUUCUCACUCAGCUUAGUUGUGGUGUUGCUGCUCUGGGAUCUUAGUGCUCUCUGCAUUGCACUGAGGGCUACUAACUGUGCUCCCCCACCCCCCCAUAAAAAAGACAAAACAAAGCCAUGUUGAGCCACAUCAUUCACUUAUUGAUUAUUGCUUACGUUUAUUUGCGUGUGAUUGGGAGUGUUGCUCAUCAGUCGUCCCGUCUAAGAUGUAUUCAUCGUCUUGGGUGGGAAAUUAACACCAGCCACCAGCCAGCAUUUCAUGAAGGCUGUUAACAAAGUCCAUGCUGCCAGAGACUUUUGGCAGGAAAUUAACUCAGCAUUCCUUAUAUGUGUCCUGUAACAUAACUGCUGUGUGUGGGAAGUAGUGAUUUGACUCCUGUUAUCACAAGCCACUAUGAGACAAAAGGCCUAUACUCUGCUGGGCAUUUGUUCAGUGCUACUGAAAUAGCAUGGCGAUGGCAUUGCUGCAAAAUCUUUAAGAUGACAGGUCUCAGUGGGUGGUUGGUCGAUGGCACACAAAGCAUGUGACUUUGGGAGAGGAGAUCGGGAGUGGUUCACAUCACGUUCCUUUAAACCAAGACUGUGACAUUUUCCUAACCAAGUAAACAAGUAAAUUAACAGCUAACAAGUAAAUUUAGUUGUCUACACUUCACUAGACCUUAAGGACUGAGAUGUGAGACACUUUCUCUUCCAGUCCAUCGGGUCAUCUUGGAAGGCACUGACCAGCAUCAAUUAAUGGAAGAAGCUUAGUGAAAGUAAAAUCAAGUAGUUCAAAUCUUUAUUUCAUUGUAUUCAGAUAUGUUCAAUAUACAGAGAGCAUUCCCUUUCAAAAAAGUGUUAAAUAAUUGAUGCAGGAAGUUUUUAAUUAUUGGUCUAGGUGGAGGUGACAUCUGGCAUUUUGGAAUAAAUGAGUUUUAUCCAAAUCAUAAUCAACAAAGUUAGUAUUAACUACAGCCAUCAGAUACAUGCUGUGACAGUGGAGGAAAGCAGACUGUCUCUAAAAAUGGAAAACUGGAAAUAAGAGAAUUAUGUCAUUAAUUGUAUUCUCUGUAUUUCUCAGAGGCUUUUGUCCAAAGUGACACAUGGUACAAUUCAAGUCACAGCAGAUCAAGCAGAAGCCUUUCGAGAACAUGUGCCAAAGCUACCACUGAUAAACCAUUUUGAGGGUUUACUUUCGCUUCACUGGAGCGAUCACACCAUCAUCCAGUGUUAUUUUAUUUUAUCUUUACAUAGCCCUACAGCAAUUUGAAGUUACAGUGUAUUUUCAUCAUUUUCAGUGCUGUGCUCUUGUGUGGAUUUGGAACACAGGGUUGUUUUCUCUGCAGGAGAGAUGACCUUGUGUCCCUGGUUGUUAAACAUGGGCAGCUAGUUGGAGAGUGCAGAGCUGAUUGUAUCUCCCUUCUUCAUGAGGGGCAGUACUGAUCCUCAGACAGGUGGAAUCAGGCCUUCGUCGUUCAGAACUACCCAAUCGUCACCCUCGACUCGACAUGGCUUUGCUUUAAUAGCAACACUUUCAAGAUUUAGAGCAUUUUAGCAACACUUGUCGUCUUCAAACCACAUGUCCUCUGUGUUCGAGUCCUUGCUUUGAUGUGGAUAUUCCCACGGCUGCUUAAUACAAAUUAUCGCUCGCUCACAUCCGUCAUCGUCAGCCAGUCUGACAGACGCUAAUCUCCUUCAAAGCAAGCUCUUCAUUUGCCUUCAGGAAGCCAUUUUAGUGGAUCACGCUAUCUGCUGUAAGCAAACCGAUAUCGAUGAGUGGAGCGGGUUUUGUUAGCUCUGGGGUUUUGAGUGUCAAGUACUGUACAUGAUGUGUGCCCACGAAUAUGUGUCUUGAUAUAACUAAUUUUAAAAGUAACAUGCCAAACUCUUAUUAAAAAAAGAGAGAUAUUUAUAUUGGUGCCAUGCCAGUCUAAUGCCAUCUCAUAACAUGUAUUUUUAAAAAAGAACAGAUAUCUAUAGUGCAACAGAUAUUCAUGUAACAAAUCCAUAUUGACAUGUGUUUCCCUGAACAUGUGCGGUGAAAAUUAAUAAAAUAUAAGUAUAA